AUGGCUGAGAGAAAGAGAGUGUCCUGGCUGGCCGCCCCGGCCUUCACCCUGCUCCCGGCCCCCGACCCGCCGGACCCCUGCGGCCCCCCGCCUGGGCCCAGCCCCCUCCAGGAGGAGCAGUAUGUGAGCGAGGGGGAGCAGUAUGUGAGCGAGGGGGAGCAGUAUGUGGGCGAGGGGGAGCAGUAUGUGAGCCGGGGGGAGCCGCCGGCCACGGAGCCCCCCGACCUGGCCACGCCCGACUGCAGAGAUGCAGAGACCAUCACAGAUGUGUGUAACAGCACCGACCUGCCAGAGUUUGAGAUCAUCAGCCUGCUGGAGGAGCAGCUGCCCGUGUACCGGCUGCGAGCGGACACGGUGUACGGCUACGACAACGAUGACUGGCUGCACACGCCGCUCAUCGCACCCGACGCACGGCUGGACCUGACGGCCGAGCAGAUCGAGGAGACCCUCAAAUACUUCUUGCUAUGUGCCGACAGAGUGGGCCAGAUGACCAAGACGUACAACGACAUCGAUGCCAUCACACGUCUGCUGGAGGAGAAAGAGAGGGAUUUGGAGUUGGCUGCCCGGAUUGGUCAGUCCCUACUCAAGAAGAACAGAACUCUGACCGAGCACAAUGACUACCUGGAGGAGCAAGUGGGGCACAUCGCAGAGGAGGUGGCCCAGCUGCACCAUGAGCUGAACCUGAAGGAUGAGCUGCUGCAGUUCUACACCCAGGCGGCGGAGGAGGGCGAGGAGGAGCCCGGCGACUCCCCGAGCGGGAGGAGGUGUAAAGUGGGGUCUGCUUCUGGAGGCUUUGGGUCGGACCCGCUGCAGAUGAAACUCAAAGAGCUGGAAGAGGAGAAUCUGUCACUGCGCUCAGAGGCCAGUUACCUCAAGUCGGAGACAGAAACAUAUGAAGAGAAAGAACAGCAGCUGGUCAACGACUGUGUUAAGGAACUCAGGCUGUCAAGCCUCCAGAUCUCCACCAUCGCUGAGGAGCUGGCCAGGAAGACUGAGGAUGCAUCCCGGCAGCAGGAGGAGAUCACCCACCUCCUCUCCCAGAUCGUGGACCUGCAGAAGAAGUCCAAGAUGUUUGCAGUGGAGAACGAAGAGCUCUCUCAGCACUUGAUUGCGGCAAAAGAUGCCCAGAGGCAACUUACAGCUGAGCUCCAGGAGCUGGAGGAGAAGUACCUGGAGUGCAUCGAGAUGCUCCACGAGGCCCAGGAGGAGCUCAAGGACCUCAGGAACCGCAGCUACCCCGCCGGGACCCCCCGCCGCUUCCACCCCCUGGGUCUCUACCCCAUGGACUCCCUGGCUGCUGAGAUCGAGGGGACCAUGAGGAAGGAGAUGAGCCUCGAUGACCCUGAGUGUGAAGAACAGAAGGGCCACCGGCGGCGCGUGUUCCAGACGGUGAAGAACAUCAACCAGACGGUCCGCCAGCGCUCGCCCAUCCCGGGCUCCAACGCCAACAUCCCGGGGUCCAAUCAGACGCAGUCGUCCCGCUCCUCGCCGCUGUCCAGCGGCCCGGCCACGCCUCGCCUGUGCCCGGGGGACAUCACCGGCGAGGGCGUCGGCCUUGACAACCGCGCUCAGAGCAUCCUCAUGGAGGCUGCGUCCAAUCGGGAGAGCUGCGGGGACGGCUCGGGGAAGAAGAGCGCGGGGGCCGAGGACCUGCGGCUGGCCCUGCGGCGCCUGUCCCUGCGGCGGCAGAACAACCUGAGCGAGCGGCGGUUCUUCGAGGAGGAGCGGGAGCAGCGGCGGCGGGGCCACGGCGUGCCCCUGGGCCUGGAGGGCGGGCUCACCCCCUCGGACAGCAUCAUGUCCCUGGGGAGCCUCCAGCUCUGGGCCCACCGGGGGGCCUACCUCCCCGACAAGCUGCAGAUCGUCAAGCCCCUGGAAGGGUCGGCCACGCUGCACCACUGGCAGCAGCUGGCCCAGCCCCACCUGGGGGUGAUCCUGGACGCGCGGCCCGGGGUCAUCCCCAAGGGCUACCGGCCGCUGGAGCUGGAGCUGGAGCAGGCGUUCCCCUGGGGCGGCCUGGAGGAGGACGAGCCCGGGGAGCAGUACUUCCAGAACCUGCCCACCACCUCGCCCACCGCCUCGCCCAUGGUGCCCUGUCCCACCAGCACGGCCCUCGCCCCCGGCCCCGCCGAGGGGGAGGGCCUGACCCCCCUGCCCGGCCCCGGCACCCCCUCCCCGUCGCCGCACCUCGCCAACACGGACCCGCUGGCUGCAUACUACCCAGGGAAGUGCAUGGCGCAUACCAGCUCCACCUACACCUUCACCACCUGCCGGAUCCUGCACCCCACCGACGAGCUGACCCGCGUCACCCCCAGUCUGAUCUCGGGCCCGGCCUCCUCUUCCUGUGUGAUGACCAGCAGCCUGUUGGCCACGCCCAUCGCCACGCCCUGCACCCCACGGCGACUCGGCAUGAUCCCCUCCGAGUCCUCAACCAACCUCAGGGACGCGACCCGCACCACCAGCACCUCCCUGGGACUAGUGCGCCUCCUGCAGGAGAGAGGCAUCUCUGCGGCCAUGUACCACCACCAGAGCCAGGGCCUGGAGCCCCCGCAGGGCAGCGAGGGGCUGCUGUUCAGCACCUCCGUCACCCCCCACCGCGUCCGCCCUUCUACCCCGCCCAACUCCCCCACCCGGUCCCGGGCCGGCGGGAGCGGGGGCUCUGCGGCGGACCCCGGCGGGGGCAGCGGAGAAGAGACGCCGCUGGGCUUCGACUUCAAGGGUCCCCCCUACGACAACUUCCUGACCUCCCGGCCGGCACGCUCCAUCCUGAAGGACGUGGUGGAGGGGGGGUCCCGGGGCCGGCAGCGCGCCUGCGACUGCGAGUGCCAGACGGACGUCAGCGUGUCGGUGCAGCACCUCAACCUGCUGGAUAAGGUCAAGCGGCUGGGCGUGGCCGGGGCGGCGGGGGCCCGGGCGACCAGCCCGGGCCCCAUCCUGGGGGGGCCCCUGGGCGGGCUCCGCCGGUCGGGCUCCCCCUUCGGCCCCGAGGGGAUGCGGAGGAACAGGAGCUACCCGGCGAUGGUCGGGGCCAGCAUGGCCAUGAAGGGCCCGGGGCCCCAGGCGGAGUCGGAGAUCCUGCUGGCCGCCAGUCUGCCGAAGCAGCGGAGCCUGAAGGAGGGCGGCGUCGGCGGGGUCGGCGGGUGGGGCGUGGACCGGUCACCUGGAGCUCCCCCGAGCACGGAGCACUGA